GUCUCCGGGGGUGGGCCCCUAAUAAAGUUCGCGUGUUCAAACUUUUUUUUUUUUUUGCCGCCCGCGCUCCGCCCCCCGCCCCGAGAGGCUGGUGCCGCCCGAGCGUUGGCGCCGGCGGGGCGCGGGGCCAUGGCGGUCACUCCGGAGUCUCUCUCGGGCCAGGACGUCGGAUCCUUCGCCUACUUGACAAUCAAAGACAGAAUACCACAGAUCUUAACCAAGGCUAUUGAUUCCUUGCAUAGACAUAAAAGUGAAUUUUUUGAGAAGCAUGGAGAGGAAGGCAUGGAAGCGGAAAAGAAAGCCAUUUCCCUCCUUUCUAAAUUACGGAACGAACUGCAGACGGACAAGCCCAUCAUUCCUUUGGUUGAAAAGUUUGUGGAUACUGACAUAUGGAACCAGUACCUAGAGCACCACGGGCGUCUGUUACUCGCCAGUGAUGAGAAGCCAAGGUGGUUCUACUCACCGUGGCUGCUUGUGGAAUGCUACAUGUACCGGCGGAUCCACGAGGCCAUUAUCCAGAGCCCGCCGAUCGACAACUUCGACGUGUUUCGCGAAUCGAAGGAGCAGAGUUUCUUCGAGUCGCAGGAGUCCGUCAGCAGCCUGUGCACCUACCUGCAACAGACGCUGGGCGCGCCCGACGCCCUCCAGGGCGAGCGGCUCAAGAGCGAGUUCUUCAAGUUCCUCCAGAUUUCACUGUGGGGAAAUAAGUGUGACCUCUCUUUCUCGGGCGGAGAAAGCAGUUCCCAGAGGACCAACGUGAUCAGUUCUGUGGACGACCUCAAGCCGUUCAUUCUGGUGAACGACAUGGAGCGUCUCUGGUCCCUGCUCAGCGAGUCCAAGCCGGCCGAGGGCGGUGCGGCCGUCCGCGUGGCCAUCGUCCUGGAUAACUCCGGGUUUGAGCUGGUCACGGACUUAGUUCUGGCCGACUUCAUGUUAACCUCGAAGCUGGCCACCGAGAUCUAUUUUUACGGGAAAACGAUCCCCUGGUUCGUGUCCGAUACCACCGCCCGUGAUUUCAAGUGGCUCAUCGACCAGGCCGGGCAGUCGGGCCACCCGUGGGUGUCCAAGUGCGGGGGCAACUGGGGCAGGUACGUGGAGGCGGGCCGGUGGGUGUACCGCGACCACAUCUUCUGGACUCUGCCCCACGAGUUCAGCGCCAUGGCCCAGGUGGCGCCCGACCUGUACGCCGAGCUGCAGCAGGCCCGGCUGGUGCUGUUCAAGGGCGACCUGAAUUACCGCAAGCUGACGGGGGACCGCAAGUGGGAGUCCACCGUCCCCUUCCGCCAGGCCCUGAGCGGCUUCCACCCCGCCCCGCUCUGCAGCAUCCGGACCCUGAAGGCCGAGAUCCAGGUGGGCCUGCGGCCGGGCCAGGCCGAGCAGCUCACCGCCUCCGAGCCCAGCUGGCUGACCGCCGGCAAGUAUGGCAUCUUCCAGUUUGACGGGCCGCUGUGAUACGCCCCGGGAGCACCUUAAGUUUGCAGAGCGAGGUGACAGGCCCCGGGCCUCCCUUGGGGAAGGGGCUGCUCCCUCAGGCCCACCCCAGCCUUCUCCCGGGGGCCAUCGGGGGCCUUCCCGACUGGGGAAGGGGUGGAGGGAGCUAGUUACAGAUAUUUAUUUUAUGUUGGGAUUUUAGUAAUUUAUUUCAGGUCAAAUGGUUAGCUUAAAGGGUUUGGGUGACCAUAGAUUUUAUUGAGUAGAAAACAAAAGUACUAGAGUUCUGCUUUUUGUUUUCCCUUUUUUUUUUGCUUAAAAAUAUUUUUCAGUGCUAAUGCUGCAUGGUAUUCCACAUUUUAAGGAGCAUGGAGUUUUACUCAUUUGGGGUCCAGGGCUUUCUGAACACGUGCAUUUUAAUGAUUGUAAAGAGGCAUUUCUUACAACUGUGAUGUUUUUACACAUGAAACUUACCUCAGAUUAAUACCAACUUGAAUUUAUUUCAAUAGCCUGCUGUAUUUGCACAUAUUUGUAUUUUGAUUGACCUCUGGGUAGGGGAGGACACACAGUUGAACAGAAUGAAACAAAUGGUUUUGAAGAAAUGUAAUACCGUUUGCAUUCUGUCUUAUAGCCAGAAUCUACCCAAGCAGAGUCAAAUUUUAAAACAUGAAUGUUUUAAGCAAAUGGGUUUUUAGGUUGGUGUGCCAUUUAAAAAAAAAAAAACAAAAAGCUUUAGAGAGAAAAAAAAUUGUGCAUUGUAUUUCGAAUUCUACUAACAUAUAUUCUUACUCAUUUUUUGGCAGCCACUAGAUUUUAAAUGAUUGAGUUUCAAGUCUCUUGUGUUUUGAAUCUAAAAUUGGGAAAUAAACCUGGGAAAAAGAUUUGCAUUAGAAUAAUAUAAUGAAUUUUAC